GUUUUCCCUCCGCGCGCCUGUCUGCGCGUGCGUGAAGCAUGGCGGAGAGCGGUGCCUGGCUGUUGGUGCUGAGCGCCGUUUUCCUCUGCAACGCGCUCAAGAUCGUGCUGCCCUCCUGCUCCUCUAUUAUAUCCAGGUUGUUACAAAAGGAUGCAGAGCAGGAAUCCCAAAUGAGAGGUGAAAUUCAGAAUAUGAAGCAAGAGCUCUCAACCAUUAGUAUGAUGGAUGAGUUUGCUAGAUACGCCCGUCUGGAAAGAAAGAUUAACAAAAUGACUGACAAGCUUAAGACUCAUGUGAAAGCGCGAACUGCCCAAUUAGCCAAAAUAAAGUGGGUUAUAAAUAUUGUAUUCUACAUCUUGCAAGCUGCCCUGAUGAUUUCUCUCAUUUGGAAAUAUUAUUCUGAACCAGUUAUGGUUCUUCCAAGCAAAUGGCUGGCACCAUUGGAGCGCUUGGUAGCCUUUCCUACAGGUGUGGCAGGUGGUGUUGGAAUUACAUGUUGGCUUGUGGUUUGUAAUAAAGUUGUAGCUAUCAUGCUUCACCCUUUCAGCUGAAGAAAUCCCUGUAGUAUAUGGAGUCUAAAUUACUUUACCACAGUACAAAAAAAACAUUUGUCUGUUAUGAUGGACCAGAUUGGAGACACUUCUUGUUACUUUAGUUGGAUGUUGGGCAGUAUUGGUUUUACUUUCUUUCGUUUGUUUUUUGGUUUUAUGAUCAGCAGCUUUCAAAGAGCAGCAUUGAUAUUUAUAAAACCUCAUUUUGAUGCAGAUAAACAUUGAUUGGUGGCAGAACCUUAAGGCUUUGUCAUAAUGUAUUCACAAAGGUCUUAGCAUUCUCUUUUUUCCAUCUGUUAAGUUGGAAAUGCACUGGCAUUAGUAUUUUUUGGAGCUUUGCUCUUUUGUUCUUUCUUUACUGUAUAGUACAGCAUUUUCACCCAAAGAUAUGAUUCCAUUUGGUGACAAGUGGUAUUUAAUCAAAAUAGGUAGUAUGGUUGUUUUAGAAUAAAACAGAAUUAAUUUCCUUUUUUUUUUUUUUUUAUCUGUAGAUUGGGUUAUUCUCAGACUAUCUUGGAAAAUAUUAGUGAUAUAUAUGCAGAAUCAACUUCUUAUAUUUUAGAUUAAUUUCUCAAUUGCCAAAUGCAGGUCAGCCGGUCACUUCAACACUUCUUUUAAAUUCCUCAUGGAAUAAAAAUUUUUAAAAUUCCUUGUGGAAUUAUUGAACACUGGGUGUUUUUUGUUUUUUGUUUUUUGUUUUUUUUUUUAAUUUCUUUCCCCACUACUUUUACUGAUAACUGACCUUUCCUUCCUUGCCUCAUUUUCUACUUCCCAAAUGGAGCAAAUAUUGCUAACAGUAUUUCUUACCAUGCUUUCGGAAAAAGGGUCCACCAACCUUUCCAAGCUCCAUGUUAGGAAAAGUAGAAAACAGUUGAUUCUGCAGAAAACUACAUCCCUAGAGCUUCAGCAUACAUUAAUGAUAGUAAUUCUUCCCAGUACUGCAGUUACACAACAGAAAAGCUGUGUUAACUUCUGUGCUAUCUGCAACCCAGUCUGUUCCAGCAGGCAAAGCAGUGGCUUUAAGAAGCUCUAUAAUACCUCCUUGGACAUAAGGUUGAACAAAGCUUUUGCAGAUUUUGGCUCAGCUCGUGGUCCAUACAGUGUUGUAUUAUUUCAGGUCCUUUGCCUGGCUGCAGGAAGUGGCUGGAGUGCAUCCAUAUAUUUAGAACUGCCUUUAGAAUUAAUUCAAAGAAUGAUGACACAUUUUCUGCAUGUCUGAGUGUAUGUAUUCAUUAAAUGUUUUUUUUUUUUUUUCUUAAAUGUUAUUUAAAAACUAAUUUGUUUUUAUAUUAGGGAUUGCAUUUAGCCAACAGUAAAGUGAAGGCAUUAAAUAUCGACAAGAAAAAAAGUCAAGAUUGAAUCUGUUACAUGUAUUUGUGUUUUUAUUUGUGAAAUAAAGUUUUUCAGUCCACCUCAGGUUUUCUAAUCCACAUUUUUAAUGUUAAUUACAGUUUUCCUAAACAAAAUAAAACCCACCUGUGUUCUUCAUA